UCACUAUUAUUUGACAUUUCCCGAUUUACGAACGAUUGACGAUUGUGUAUAAAAAAUAAACGACUUCAAAUUGUCUACGUUUGUUUUAUAAAUUACGCUUUAUAAAAACUUUAGGGGCGUUUUAACGACUGCAGUUCAAUUUAACAAAUUCAACCCAUGUCAGAGACCUCAUUACAAAUAAGUCAAGCCAAGGAAGAUCAACCUCCGUCCAAAAUACCUGAAUCUGUGAAGAAAGUAAUAUCCAUGGAAAAAGAAAAUGAAACGAAUGCAAACCGCAAAUCCAGAAUUGAUCUCAACGCAUUACCCACCCGUCAGUACCUGGACCAGACUGUUGUGCCUAUACUCCUGCAGGGUCUAUCAGCCUUAGCAAAAGAGAGACCACCAGACCCCAUCAAUUACCUAGCCGCAUAUCUACUGAAAAACAAAACAACCUUUGAGAAUAACAACUCGGGAUCUAAUAAUAGCCAACCCCAGAAUCCUCAAACAUAAUAUUAAACACAUUAGUUUAUUAGCACCAUAUUUGAGGGAUUUGUAUGAAGUUGCUCAAAUAUAUAUUUAAUUUAAAACCUGUAGAAUUUAUUUAACAAAUCUACUCAAAUUCAUGUUUUGUCUGAUUAAUUCUGCACUUAGAUAUUUUGUGUAUUAAGUGUUUGAGUUCUUGAUAUCACAAUCUCACAUAUUACAUUAUUAUUAUGUAUGUCUAUCAUAGUUUUACUUUUAUGACUUUUAUGUGUACCUACUUAAAACUCAAUAUUUAUUUUCCAACAUAACACAAGUUUAUGUUUCAUUUCUGGAACAUUCAAGGCGUGGUUCUAAAAUAUCACUAUUAUUGUUAUUAGAAGAACCAAGCUACAUAAUAUAGAUCACAUGAUAAAGCUAUUACCGUCUUAUAGUGGCUGAACAAAUUAUUAUUACUAGAAACUUGGCUCCUUAGGUUGAAGUGCUUGUAAAAAUUGUACUGCCAAAACAUUAGUGUCUGUGUUACAUAACAGGUCUAAAUAAAAGUUUAUAAGCCAAAUCAAAAUACAUGUUACUUAUGUGAAUAAGAUGACUGGCCAAAACCUGUUGUGUUUUUAAGAGUGCAAGCCAAAUUUGAUACCACACAUCAGGCGUGUUAUAAAAAAUAACUACAAGGAUAUGGACACCAUGCAUCUAGCAUGUCAUAAUGAACAGUACAGCACGAUAGAGUGACAAAAAUACAUAAGUGUAUGUUACAGUGUUCAUUUACACAUGUUAUGUGUUUGGUAGCUUCCUGGCAUUUAAGUUACCUGUGUAUGUGCGGGAUAACUCGCCUGAUGUGUGGUGGGCUACGGGUGUUUAGUUUUUAUUUUAUGGUUCUUCUUAUUUUUAAUCGUUUCCCAUACUGUCCCAUAUUUACCUUAAUAGGUAUUUAAAGAAUCACCAGUGUAUUCAUGCACAGUUGCCUUAGUAUACUAAAUGACAAAGAUAACAUGAUAGUCAAAUGUAGAAGUAUUUUUAUUUUACAUUGAAAUAAAUAGAGUAAGAUUUAA